GACGUUUUGUUCAUGUGUCAACUUCCAAGAUCGUGUUUAUUAUUAUAAUAAUUGACAUUUUCGUGCAUUUUUGUAACAAAGAAGACAAGAGCCUUCAAAAUGAAGACUAGGUUCAAUACUUACGAUCUUGUGUGCACUUGCACUGAAUUACAAGCUUUGAUUGGCAUGCGAGUGAAUCAAGUUUACGAUAUUGAUCAUCGCACAUAUCUGAUACGGUUGCAACGAAAUGAGGAGAAACGCGUUUUAUUGAUUGAAUCUGGUAACCGAUUUCAUACAACAAUUUUCGAAUGGCCAAAAAAUGUAGCCCCAUCAGGAUUUUCCAUGAAGAUGCGAAAGCAUUUGAAAAACAAGCGCUUGGAGAGCUUAAAACAAGUCGGUGCGGAUCGAAUAGUCGAUUUUCAAUUCGGCAGUGGUGAAGCUGCGUAUCAUAUUAUUUUAGAAUUAUACGAUCGUGGCAACGUCGUUCUUACAGAUCACGAAAUGACCAUUUUAAAUGUUUUGAGGCCUCACACUGAAGGUGACAAAAUUAGGUUUGCAGUUAAAGAAAAAUAUCCGUCAUAUCGAGCGCACACAGAAACGAUGCCCCCAAUCGCGGAAAUCCAAGAGCGUCUAAAAAAUUCAAAACCUGGAGAAACUGUAAAAAAAAUCUUGAAUCUUCUUCUCGAGUUCGGUGCCGCAUUAAUCGAUCAUGUUCUCUCCAAAGCCGGUUUCCAUCCUAAUUGCAAAGUCGGCCAGGGUUUUGAUGUCGACGUCGACAUGCCAAAAUUAGAAUCCGCUUUGCAAGAAGCCCAAGAAAUUCUCGACGAAGCGAAGAAAAACGUUUCCAAAGGAUACAUAAUUCAGAAAAAAGAAUCAAAAGUAAAUCCAGAUGGCAAGGAGGAUUUCAUCUAUGCGAAUAUCGAAUUUCAUCCGCUUUUGUUCGAACAAGUGAAAAAUCAGCCUUACAAGGAGUUCGAAAGUUUCGAUCUUGCUGUGGACGAGUAUUUUUCAUCGAUGGAGGGUCAGAAACUGGAUUUGAAGGUUUUGCAGCAGGAGAGAGAAGCGUUGAAAAAAUUAGAUAAUGUGCGCAAGGACCAUGAUCAGAGGCUUGUUUCUUUAACGAAGGUUCAAGAGGAGGAUAAACAGAAGGCUGAAUUAAUUGCUAGGAAUCAAGAGCUGGUAGACAAUGCAAUUUUUGCAAUACAGAGUCUGAUCGCCAAUCAACUUUCCUGGGAGGAUAUUGAAACGUUGGUCAAGGAGGCACAAGGUCGAGGCGACCCAAUCGCCCAAGUAAUAAAACAAUUAAAAUUACAAAAGAACCACAUUUCUUUAUUGUUGAGCGAUCCCUAUCACGAAAGUGAGGAAGAGGAUGAACCAGAAUUGAAGCCAAUGAUAAUCGAUAUCGAUUUAGCUCAUAGCGCUUUUGCAAAUGCUACAAAAUAUUACGAUUUGAAACGUACUGCAGCGAAAAAACAGCAGAAAACUGUCGAGUCUCAGGGAAAGGCUUUGAAAUCUGCAGAGCGGAAAACUAAACAGACCUUGAAGGAAGUUCAAACGAUUCACAGCAUCAAUAAAUUGCGAAAGGUCUACUGGUUUGAGAAAUUUUACUGGUUUAUUUCCUCGGAAAAUUAUUUGGUAAUUGGUGGUAGAGAUCAGCAGCAAAACGAGUUGAUUGUGAAGAGAUAUUUGAGAGCUGGUGAUGUUUAUGUUCACGCUGAUCUUACGGGAGCGAGUUCGGUGGUCGUUAAAAAUCCAAGUGGAACGCCAAUUCCCCCGAAAACGCUCGCUGAGGCAGGAACAAUGGCAGUGGCUUACAGUAUCGCUUGGGAAGCAAAAGUAGUGGCAGGCGCGUGGUGGGUCAAUAGCGAUCAAGUAUCGAAAACCGCACCAACUGGAGAGUAUUUAACCACUGGAUCAUUUAUGAUUCGCGGUAAAAAAAAUUAUCUCCCUCCAUGCCAAUUAAUUAUGGGAUUGGGAUUCAUGUUCCGCCUGGAAGAAAGCUCGAUUGAGCGUCAUAAAGACGAGAGGAGAGUCAGAACUCUCGAGGAUGAGAACGAAGAAAGCUUUACGGAAACUGAUAAAGAAAUUGAAAUCGAAGGUGGAGAUGAUGAAGAAGACAUCUGCGAAGCAGAAAACGUUAAUUUGAAUCCAAUCGAGGAAGUAAAUGAAACUCCAGAAACCCAAGAUGAGAAAAUCGAAGAGAAAAAUGAAGGAAGUAGCGACGAGGAAGAAAAAGAUUCGCUUUUUCCAGACACACAGAUUAAAAUCGAUCUCUCAGGCGCCAAGAUGCAACUUCGGGUUGACAAUGCAAAGCCUCUAACGAAAUUACCAGGCGAGGAAAAUACGAAACCUCUUUCUAUAAAAAGUAAGGAGAGGAAAGAGAAAGUAAAUCCGGAGAAUAAUCGACAGCACAAGAAAUCAGAGAGCGAAGAAGAACCGAAACAAAAACCUCAAACGUUUAAGCGGGGACAAAAGGGAAAGUUGAAGAAAAUUAAGGAAAAGUAUAAGGAUCAGGAUGAGGAGGACAGACGCCUUUUAAUGGCAGCUUUACAGUCUGCAGGUGCCGCAAAAGAGGACAAACGAAAAAGCAGACAGAAAGAUCCGUCGGGUCCAAAGCAGCCAACGAAAAAGAAGAAUGCUAAUCCAAAAAGGAUUCCAGUCGUGCAAAAUGUCGAAGUUGGAGAAAAUCCGGAAGAAGAAGAUUUGGGGCCGGCACCCGAUAUCGAUAUGUUGGACCAACUGACCGGAAAACCCGUUGAAGAGGACGAACUUCUCUUUGCUGUGCCCAUAAUUGCACCUUACAACACUUUAGCAAAUUACAAGUUUAAGGUGAAAAUGACUCCUGGUACCGGCAAAAGAGGGAAGGCUGCAAAAACUGCAGUGGCUGUUUUUCUAAAAGACAAAACAAUCACAGCCCGCGAAAAGGAUUUGAUAAAGUCAGUAAAGGACGAAACUAUCGCGAGAAAUAUACCCGGAAAAGUCAAGAUAAGUGCUCCACAGAUUCAAAAAGUUAAGAAAUAACUUCAUCUUGGAAUAUUUCUAUUUAAAUAUGAUUUGCCGAGAAUGUUUAAUAAAUGGUUUAAUUACGCUUCGUUAAGAAGUACUGUAAAGAUGUAAAUAUUGCU